UUGUAUUCAGAAAGCUUCCCACUGUGCCUGAUCAGUAAACAGGUCAUUUCAGACUUGGAGAGUUGGAGUGGCGAUGAAGAGAAGAGCGGCUUCAUUAGGUACUGCUGCUGCUGCUAAUUGUACUACUCUCGCUUCAUUUCUCUCUGCAUUUCCAAGCCCUAAACCCCAAUUAGCUUUCUGUUCAGCUAUAGCAACUAGUAGUGAUAAAAUUAGAAAUCAUCAGCACCAAAUUGGAACGUCUUCUGGUAAUGUUUUGCAAUUUCUUUCUGGGUUGAAGGGUAGGAUUGAUAGUAUUGACAAUCUUGAUGAUGCUCUUAGCUUAUACCAGCAGAUGGUCCGGAUGAGGCCUCUUCCCUAUGUUUUUUAUUUCAAUCGACUGGUGGACCGCAUUGUUAAGAUGAAGAAGCAUUAUUCAUCUGCUGUCUCAGUUUUCAGAGAUAUGUACGUCAGGGGCAUUCCUCUUAGUGACUACACCCUCAAUGUUGUGAUUAAUUGUUACAGCCUCAUGGGUCGAGUGGAUUUGGGGUUUUCUGUAUUGGGUGUCUUCUUCAAGCGUGGUAUUCUGCCCGACAUAGUCACCUUUAGUACUCUACUUAAAGGACUAUUUCGGGAACAUAAGGUUCUCCAAGCACAAGAAUUGUUUAAGAGGAUAAUUUUCGAAAAGCUUUGCGAGCCCAAUGAAGUUAUGUUUCUGAUUGUGAUAGAUGGGCUCUGUAAGGUGGGCAACACUCAAAAGGCUGUUGAAUUCCUAAGAGUCAUGGAAAAAAGAAGAAGAUGUAAGCUCAAUGUUAAUGUGUACAAUACUAUCAUUGACAGCUUUUGCAAAGAUAAAAUGGUCGGUGAAGCUUUUGCCCUUUUGCAGGAGAUGAUUGAAAAGGGCAUUCCCCCAGAUGUUGUCACUUAUAAUUGUUUGAUUGGUGGUCAAUGCAAUUUAAAUAGAUGGAAAGACGUUACAAAGCUCUUUUCUGAGAUGAAGGAUUACAAAAUUACUCCAAAUGUUGUUACUUUCAAUAUAGUGGUGGAUGCACUGUGUAAGGAAGGACAUAUCGAAAUUGCUGAAGAGGUAGUCGGCAUCAUGAUUAGGCAAGGUCACAAUCCCAAUCUGGUCACAUACAGUUCCUUAAUGGAUGGAUACUGUUUAAAGCGCCGAAUAGAUGAAGCAAGGAGGGUCUUUGAAGCCAUGGUUAUUAGCGGCCUUACUCCUGACCUCCAUAGCUAUGGUAUUCUGAUAAAUGGCUAUUGCAAGCACAAGAAAGUGGAAGCAGCCAUGAAUAUCUUUCGUGAGAUUCAGCAUAAAGGUUUAACACCUAAUAUUGUUGUUUAUAACAUUGUCUUGCAGGGGUUAUAUAGCGUAGGAAGCUAUCUUAGUGCAAGAGAAGUUUUCGAUGAGAUGCAAACUGCUGGCAUAAAGCCUAAUUUUUACACUUUCUGUUUGAUGUUGGAUGGAUUAUGCAAGACUGGACAUGUCGACGAAGCAUUGCAGUUAUUCCAUUCAAUGGAAGCUGAUGGAAUCGAUCAUCAUAUAGGCAUGUACAGUAUCAUCCUUGAUGGUUUGUGCAAAAGUGGGAGGCUAGAUAGUGCUCUUGAUCUUUUUGACAAUCUCUAUGAUAAAGGAUUGGAUCCUAAUGUCCCAACAUACACCACAAUGAUUGCUGGCCUGCUUUCACAAGGCCUGCUCACCGAAGCUAAAGAGCUUUUUGGAAAAAUGGAAGAAAAUGGUUGCCUGGCAGAUAGCGUUACAUACAAUGUUAUUCUGCAACAACUCCUUAAAGGAGGCCAUUAUGAUGAUGCAAUAGUCUACCAUGAAGAAAUGGUUCGUAGAGGUUUCUUGCUAGAUGCAUCUACUUUUUCCAUUUUACUUGAUUCAUCUACUGAAAACCAGAAAAAUCCUUCUCUACUUAUGUUGAUGCUGAAGAUUGGUCCUGAUAGCAAGAAGUUUAUGGAUGGGGGGUAAAGAGGACCUUCACAUUGGUUGCAACUUUUGGUCCUACUGGUUUUUGGCCCCUAAACUUUAACUAACAUUAUAUAGGUUUGCUUUUGAUUCUGUUUUAACUUAUCAUCUUUAUGGAAUAUAAGAAGUGUUCUUCAGCGUAGCA